AUAUUCAGUCAGCUGGCCGAGGGUAACAGACGGUUGCUAAGGUGACCAUUCCACAACACAGUAAUGACGCAUAUUUUCCCACGCAGUAUGAAUAUUGUGAGUACAAGACUGACAGCGAGAUACUUGCCCUGGGAACAUCUCUGUCAGUUAUCUCGUCACCGGUUCAUAUACUCACAUUCUUCGCUGAGAACAUCACUCUUCUCGCAGGUUUCCAAACCAAAAUUUUUGCAACAGCAUCAUCCACUGAAUCUCAUCACUACAUGCAAUUAUUCAACUGAGUUAAGUGAAAUAGUGUAUGAACAAGUUUGUGAAGAUACAUUGGAGUCUCUCACUGAAUUUUUGGAAGAUCUAGCUGCAACAGACAAUGUGCCUGAGGACGCCGAUAUUUUAUACUCGAGCGGGGUGCUGACACUUAAACUGGGAAGCUUUGGAACGUAUGUCAUCAACAAGCAGACUCCCAAUAAACAAAUAUGGCUCUCUUCUCCCGUUAGUGGCCCGAAGAGAUAUGAUUUUGUGGACGGUGUGUGGGUGUACAAGCACAGUGGAGUGACCCUGCACCACCUCUUGAGCCAGGAACUAUCAAGUGUUUUUAAGACUGAUAUUGAUGCCUCUAGCUGUGCAUAUGGAGGGAAAGGCUCCAAAUAG